AUGGAGUCCUGGUUCCAGUACCGCCGUCUGCGCCGGGAAGCAGAGGAAGACUUGGCCAACAGUCAAGCCAAGUCGGUGCGCACUAGUACCUCGUCGCCGUCUCUGGGAUCAGACCCGGAGGCGACAGCAGCAGAGAAGUCAGCCCCCUUCAACGAUGCUCCCCUUGUACCCGGUGUGGAGGUUUCUCGACUAGGAGACAACGGCGAGGUUGUCUUUUUGGUUGGGUGGAAGGAAAACGAUCCAAGUAACCCGCUCAACUGGUCUCUGCUUCGCAAGUGGAUGGUCAUGUUGACCUGCUGUCUGGUUGCCAUCGCCAUGACAGUCCCCUCCUCGGUGGAGGGUAUCUUUCUCAUUGGAAUCGGCGUUGGCUCUCUAUUCGCCGGUCCAUUUUCCGAGACCUUCGGUCGCAAUGUGGUCUACUUCACCGCACUAAUCCUCGUAAUUCUGUUCGUGAUGGCAAAAGCUCUGGCACCAAACUAUGGCGCAGCCCUCACCUUCCGCUUCCUGUGUGCUCUAUUCGCCGCUGCCCCAAUGACAGUAGCUGGCGGAACCGUCGGCGACAUCUGGCAACCAUUACAGAUCCCCUUCGGCCUGCCCCUCGUCACCAUUGCCGCCUACUCGGGCCCGAUCCUGGGCCCCGUGAUCGGCGCCUACACGCCGGAGAUCGGCUACGUGUGGGCCGAUUGGAUCUCGAUGAUCAUUGCCGGCGUCGCUCUGGUCGUCGUCAAUGUCGCCCAGCCUGAGACCUUCAGCCCUGUUCUUUUGGAAUGGCGAGCGAAGCACCUCCGCGAACUGACUGGUGAUAUCCGGUACCGCGCUGCCCAUGUGUCUACCUCAGCAAACUCAUUAGGCCCGCUUUCUACCUGGGUCCUUCUCUACUUCGUGCUGUUCACCUUCCUCAACGGCUACCCCUUCAUCUUUGCCAAUGUGUACGGUAUCAGCACUAGCUUGACCUUCGUCAUCUUCGUCGCCAUGAUUCCCGGCGUCAUCGUUGCUCUGGCUAUGAUUCCUCCUCUGUACAGCAUGACCAAGAAGGCCGCAAGACAGGCCAAGGCUGAGGGUCAGGCUUUGCAGCCCGAGGUAUCGCUCUACUGGGCCAUGGCAGGUGCAUCUAUCAUGAUGCCGCUUUCUCUCUUCUGGAUGGCCUGGACCUGCUACGCCGACGUCAGUAUCUGGUCCCCGAUCGUGGCCUCCGGCGUCUUCGGCUGGGCCCUUGUUUGCAUUUUCACGACGACAUACAUGUACAUCAUCUUCGUGUACCUGCAGUAUGCUGCUUCGGCACUUGGAUUCAUGACUUUCGCGCGAUACGUCGUCGCUGGUGCUCUCAGCCCUGCGUCUGUCCAGAUGUACGAGAACAUUGGUCCCCAUUGGUCGGUGACUAUUGUUGCUGUUCUGGCUACUCUCAUGGCGCCUGUUCCGUAUGCGCUUUACAAGUAUGGCCACAAGGUUCGUGCCAUGAGCAAGAAUGCGGUCAACAAGGCGUAG